AUGGCUGACACUGCCGAUCUCCCUGACCGCAAACCCCGCAAGUCUGUCCAAUUCUCCGAAGGUGCCACGAUUGUCGACAGCAACGGCGACGUUACAGAGUCACUAGAGAUGAACGGCGGCAAGGACUCUGCCGAGGGCCACUCCUCAGGUGGUGGCGACGACAAAGAGGUUGAAGAGGUUACCGAUAUGUUCGCUGAUCUGGCAAAGAAGAAGAAGAAGAAGUCGAGCAAGAAGAAGGAAGGCGAGGACGAGGACGGCGCAGAGGGCGACUUUGCUGCACUGAAGAAAAAGAAGAAGUCUAGCAAGAAGAAGGUCGAAGACGACUUCGAGGCCAAGCUCGCUGCCGCCGGCGGAGACAAGCCCGAAGGCGAGGAGGAGGUCGCUGCCCCCGAACCCGAAGUACAGGAGGGCGACAUGAUGAAGGGCACCGGCAUCUGGCAACACGACUCGACGACUCCCAUCUCGUACAACCUCCUCCUGAACCGCUUCUUCACGCUCCUCCACGCGCAACAUCCCGAUCUCGCCAGCUCCGGCACAAAGAGCUACAAGAUCCCGCCCCCACAGUGUAUGCGCGAAGGCAACAAGAAGACUGUUUUCGCCAAUCUUGCCGAGAUCUGCAAGCGCAUGAAGCGUUCCGACGAGCACGUUGCCCAGUUCCUGUUCGCCGAACUGGGUACGAGCGGUUCGUUUGCCGACCAGAAGCGUUUGGUUAUCAAGGGUCGCUUCCAGCAGAAGCAACUUGAGAACGUCCUGAGACGGUACAUUGUCGAAUACGUGACAUGCAAGACCUGCCGCUCGCCCGACACGGACCUAUCCAAGGGUGAGAACCGUCUCAACUUCGUGACUUGCAACAGCUGCGGAUCAAGGCGUUCAGUACAGGCCAUCAAGACUGGUUUCUCUGCUCAGAUCGGAAAGAGGCGGAGAAUGGUGGGCUAG